AUGGCGGCGGCUGCAGCUGCGGCCGGUCGGCUAGGCUGGGUGCUCGCGGUGUUCUACCUGGGCAACGCCGCGGGGGAGGUGGCGCCGGGCCCGCGACUGCUAGGCUUCUGCCUGGAGGAGGUGGGCUCCGGGUGGGUGCGCGGAGAGGCCUCUCCAGAGGCCACCUUCCGCCUGCGCCUCUUUGGCUCGGGCUUGGCCAACAGCUCUUGGACCUGGGUGGCCCCUGAAGGGGCCGGCUGCCCUGAGGGCGGGCUGGCUGUGUCGCCCGAGGAGGCGGUGCCCCCUCCGGGCGAGUGGCGCGCGUUGCUGCGUCUGCGCGCUGAGGCUCGGCGUUGGGCCGGCUGCGCCUUGGGCGCGCUGCUACUCCUCGCCAGCCUGGCGCAGGCGGCCCUGGCGGUGGUGUUGUACCGCGCAGCGGGCCAACGCGCCGUGCCCGCCGUGCUGGGCUGCGCAGGGCUCGUGUUUCUGGUGGGCGAGGUGCUGCCGGCCGCCGUGAGCGGGCGCUGGGCACUGGCUCUGGCGCCCCGAGCCCUCGGUCUCAGCCGCCUGGCGGUGCUGCUCACCCUGCCGGUGGCGCUGCCCGUGGGGCAGUUACUGGAGAUGGCAGCGAGGCCCGGGCGACUACGCGAGCGGGUGCUGGAGUUGGCGCGCGGCGGUGGCGAUCCCUACCAUGACCUGAGCAAGGGCGUGCUGCGCUACCGGACCGUGGAGGACGUGCUCACCCCGCUCGAAGACUGCUUCAUGCUGGACGCCAGCGCCGUGCUGGACUUCGGCGUCCUGGCCAGCAUCAUGCAGAGCGGUCACACGCGCAUCCCAGUGUAUGAGGACGAGCGCUCCAACAUCGUAGACAUGCUCUAUCUCAAGGACUUGGCCUUCGUGGACCCCGAAGACUGCACGCCACUCACCACCAUCACCCGCUUCUACAACCAUCCACUUCACUUCGUCUUUAACGACACCAAGCUAGACGCCGUCCUGGAGGAAUUCAAGCGAGGAAAGUCACACCUGGCCAUUGUGCAGAAGGUGAACAAUGAGGGUGAAGGCGACCCCUUCUAUGAGGUCCUGGGCCUGGUCACUUUGGAGGACGUCAUUGAGGAGAUCAUUAAGUCUGAAAUCCUGGACGAGUCUGAAGACUACCGAGCUGAUACAAUGAAGAAGAAGUCUGUUCCCCUGAGUGCCCCGCUAAAGCGGAAGGAGGAAUUCUCCUUGUUCAAGGUGUCUGAUGAUGAAUAUAAAGUAAAAAUCUCACCCCAGCUGCUCCUAGCCACCCAACGCUUCCUUUCCAGAGAGGUGGAUGUGUUCAGCCCACUGAGAAUCUCCGAAAAGGUCUUGCUGCACUUGCUGAAGCAUCCCAGUGUGAACCAGGAGGUGAAGUUUGAUGAGAGCAACCGCCUGGCUGCACAUCAUUACCUGUACCAGCGUAGCCAGCCAGUGGACUACUUCAUUCUCAUCCUGCAGGGCAAGGUUGAGGUGGAGAUUGGAAAGGAGGGCCUGAAGUUUGAAAAUGGGGCCUUCACCUACUAUGGAGUGUCUGCCUUGACAGCACCAUCCUCAGUUCACCAGUCCCCAGUCUCCUCGCGACAGCCUACUCGCCAUGACCAGCAGCCCGAGCCAUUAGAGAGCAGUAUCCGUUCCUCAGCAUACUGUCCUGACUAUACUGUGCGGGCCCUCUCUGACUUGCAGCUCAUUAAGGUUACACGACUGCAGUACCUCAAUGCACUCCUGGCUACCCGAGCACAGAGCCUGCCGCCGUCCCCUGAGAAUUCUGACCUGCACGCCAUCCCAGGCAGUCAGACCAGGCUCCUUGGUGACAAAUCUGCUGCAGCAGGGUCCAAUCACAGCAGCAAGCCUGGCAUCCCAGUGGAGGAGAGCCCUGGGCGGAACCCAGGAGUUUAACUGCUUGCCAGGCAGCCCUGAGCUGGGGAACAGACAAGCAUGUGGGGUUGCUGGAGGGAGCCAAGCAGAAGCUUCAUGCCAGCACGUCCCUACCUCUCCAGGCCACGUUUUAGAUGGCCCUUAUAGGUAUGGGUCCUGAGCUUCCUCAGUGCCAGGAGUCAUCAGCAGGCCCUAGCCUCCUUUUGGAGAUGGGGUCAGCCAAGUAUAGCCCUCUAGGAGCCUGAUUUUGGAAGGAAUGAAAGGAACAUUAUCUCUAGUCCCUGAGGCCCAGAUCCUCUUCCCCUAACACCAGUGCAGUGUAUUUAUACCUCUCAGAGCCAGGUGCCAUGUGGGUGCACAAUUCCUGCCUUUAUGUUGCCCUGCCCAAACCCUCUGCUGCUGGCAGCACUUUCUCAGCAAACUGAGGGUACUAGGUCUGGCUGGGGGUUCAAAUCCAUGGCUUUGUCCCUUGUCCCUGGUGUACUUUCUGGCUCCCCUUAUAAUGCCAUGCUUUCAUUCAUGUGCUCUAGCCUCUCAUGUGCCAAAUGUAGAAAGCAUGCUUUCCCACAAGCCUGUGCCUCCUGCUCCCUCCCAUGGAGGUGGCUUUUCUGACCCCUUCUGGAGUCACAAGCAACAAGCUGGCCCUCAGUGGUGCUGAGGCUUAGCCGGCAUAGCCCGUGGGUCCGUCACUCCCACCUACUGUGUGUAGUUGCCACUUAACAGUAUUGCCCAUUUCUGAGUUUUGAGAGGUCACAUGUGGGAGGCAGGGGUCUUUCUGCUGGACCUAAUGUUGUCUAACCCCAGGGAUAGUGACCACCUGCUGUACCUACCUUUCUCAUAGGCCUCCAGGGAGGUGUGCUGUAACUGGCAUGGAGAGCAGCAAGGGAGGGAAAGAUGGUUUAUGAACCAUGUGCAACCUUGUCACCUUUCUCUUAAAAAAAGGAAUUCAAGGUUUUCUUAUAUCUGAAACAUUUCAAAUUCUUUGUAUGUUCCUUAGCAAUGUGGUGUUGGAGAAGUGGAACAAGAAGGCAUUUGUCUUUUUUUGUAGUUUACCUAAAUUUUCCAUCCCCUUUUCAGCUAUGUGUAACCUGGGGCAUCACAGAGACAUGGGACCAUAGAUUGGGAAGGAAUUGAGGAAUUCUGGAACUUUCCUUGAAGGAUUUGGGCUCUUAUAAAUGGGGCUGAAGGCCAAAAUUGCAGUUGUGUGCUCUCCGAGGAGUUGUUUUCAGGGAAUAUGCUCUUAAGAACAAAUUCAGGUAGGAAAUACUUUAAACGCAUUUCCAGAACACAAGUUCUGAACCUCGGCUGUAACCUCAGACCCACCUGGCAAAUUUAAAAUGCUCAUACCUAGGUCUACUCCCGGGGCUUCUCGUUUAAUCAUUCAGAGCACCAGGGUUUUAGUUUUGGAAUAGUUUUAGGCUCACAGAAACAUUCUGUACACCACAUUCCCAGUUUCCUCUAGUUGCAGCAUUUCACAUAACAUUGGUACUUUUUCAAAACUAAAAUAACAUUGGUGCAAUACUCUUUAUGGACUUUAUUUGGAUUUUACCAUUUUUUUCCAGUAAUGUCCUUUUUCUGUUGCAAGAUGUAGUGUAGGAUACCAAGUUGCACUUAGAGCUAAUGCUUUCAUUUUCCCCUUUGUUUUGAAAUCAUUAUAGAUUUAAUAAGAAGUUACAAAGAUGGAGGUCCCAUGCACCUUUAACCUAGUUUUCCUCAAUGGUUAUAUCUUUUUUUUUUUUUUUUUGCCGGUUGUGGGGCCUGAACUCUGGGCCUGGGUGCGGUCCCUCA